ACUGCUUCGCCGUUGCUAUGGUCCGUAACUACGAUCAACAGGUAUACCCUAAACCCCUCCUUCAUACAGGACCCCAUGCGAAGCACGAAAUAUACACAUCCCGUAUUUUGAGGGACAGCAUGUACAACGCGUACCGUCGAAUACAUAAAGAAUUGACUUAAAACUAGAUCUAAAUGCCAUUUUCUUCAAUCGAGCUGUUAAGUCCUCAUCUUUACGGAACAAUCUACCUCGUUGUCUCAAAGCUUCACUGAAGACCGACAACCCAGAAGGACGCCAUGACAAUGGUGCAUUCAAGAAGCGCUGUUCCUGGGACCAAGUCCAAGCGGCUUGGUCCAACUGCCGACCGAGCAAUAACGGGAGGCCAUCACCGAACAACCUCGGUCUUGAACCACGGUGCGGUGACCCUCAGUGACAAGUCCAAGUACCAAGCCGGGCAGGACCUUUUGGUGACAAGAAGCGACUCUUACCUGAUCCGUCCUCCCGAGAAACUGGACGACAUCUGGAAGAGGCCGCCACCCGAUUUCACCCUGCAGAGAUACAUGCCCAAACCGCCGAAACGUAACACGCGCGAAUCGAUGCAGCCUUGGCGCUGGGGAACCUUUCCCGGAGAGAAGAAGGUUGACCAGACCACGACAGAGAAGCCCACCGUGACACUGCCGAAGAUCUUACAGCCGCCGCGACCGAGGAGCAGGAAGAUCCUCACGAGGUUCAAUAUCCCAGACUCGGACCAAGCGAGGAAAGAAGCCGUAAAGACACUUGUACAUCCCAAGGAGAAGUUUGAGAAUCCUCAACCGCAUGACUUCAGACAGUAUCCGCCCCUCGGCCCUCUUGGUUUACCCGAGUUUUUAACAGCCAGCGACAAGGAUCCUUACAAUAUAAAGUUUAAAACAGACAAUAUAGAUAUAGUGUAUGGCCUUCCUCCUCCACUUUCGGACCGGUUUAAUGGUAUCCAGAUGGGCCAAGACGUUCUCAAACAACCUCCAAAAUUCGAACAACACUUACACCAUCCGAAGGGCAAGUGGCCGUCGCCAUCCGGAGAAUUCUCGCGAUAUCGAGCGCGCAAUCGAUCACCAACCACGGUUCUCAUGGACAACGUCGAGGAUACCCUUACCAAGAAGUGGGCGCUCGAGAAGCAGGAGCGUCUCCGGCGAAAGAAGGAGAGAGAGGAAGCGGAAAAGAAACUCAUUUUCGAAGAGAAGGUCGCCAAGGAAGUAGCCAAAGUGUCCAAGAAGACCAAAGACCUUGAGGCAAGGGACAAUGAAUUUGGUGCGUGGCAUGAUCACUUUCAUAUGAAGAACAGUCGCGGUCGUGGAGGAAGUCCGUAUAGCACGAUAUCCAGCGAUAUAUCGAGCGAUUUAUGAUGAUCGGUAGAACAGUCCUGGUCUUGGAUAUAGAACGUAUAGUACCAUAACCAGCAAUAUGAUGACCAUUAACAGCUAGAAUAAUGUCGAGGUGUUGCAAUUGGUCCAUUGGUCUGGGAUGUCUACACAAUGCCUUUAAGUUUAAUCAAUGCCAAUAUUACCCUCUGAAAACUAGAGAUUCCCCCUGUUCAAAAUGCUAGUCAAGACCAUCAUGAGUGGAGCGUUUCAUGGCAUGAUUUGUCGGACGAUAUUUCGACAAGUCCUCUUUCACCGGACAGUUACCAUAGUAACGGUGCUCCUCAGCCAAUCAAGAUCAAGGAUUUUUUAAACCUACAUAGUUGUCAGACACCCGGAUCACAUGUACACAAGGCGAUGGAUGAUUUCCACUUCAAGUUCGGUGUUUAUCUUUCCCUAUUGGUCAUUUUAGGUCACUUUAUUCCAGUAUGAUAGCACCAAACAUAAUUGCAACAUUGAUUGGUGAGGAGUUUUUACCUGAUUGCUAAGAAAGCAUGAAUGUUUUUAAGCAAGAAUCCAGAGGACCGUCGGCUUAAGGUCCCCUCCGAAGGACCUGGUAAUGAGGAUUAAUGCCUUACCAAAGGGCACUAGGGCACCAAGUGGGAGUCGAACCCGGGUCACCGGAAUACGAAUCCCCCGCUCUACCGACUGAGCUAUCGCGCCUCCGUAAUUAUGUAGAUGGUCCUCCGAUGAAGCUUACAAUGUGUUGAACUGUCAAUAAUGCGAUUUGAGCCAUGUUUGUAAAAAAAAAACACAAAUUACGGGAUUUGAAGCUGGAGAAGACAAUCAAGACUCUGCUUCCAACACCAGCAAUGACUCUACACCGAACUUGAAAUCACCCAAUACCGGAGAUAUAGAUGUGUUAGGAUUCAACGAUGUGUUAGCAGGGUGUGAUGAUUGGCAGGGUAUGAUUUCCGGAUGAUUCGAACAAGCGUGGAUGUAAUUAUUUUACCGUACUUAUCGUAUGGCGAGAGUUAAAGUUGCCUGCUCGCACCCAGGAGGUGCAGGUCAAAUUUUAACCAACCUAUAUGAAAUUUAUGUUUGUUAAAAUAUGAACUUACUAACUGUUGGUGAAGAACCAAGCUGCAUGCAAAAUUUAACUGACAGCUCGUCAGUUCAUAUCUUAACCAACGAUUUGGUUGAUUUAAAAAGAUUCGGCGAGUGCAUUAACCUUCCUGUAGCCGGACAAGUCACCUACCCUCAAACAAUGAUUGAGACCAUGGACCUAUUGAUAGGUCCAUGGUGAGACAUACUACACACUAAUUGUAUGCAUGUGGCACGCACUUAUUAAUGACACGGAAAGGCCUGUAAAGUUACUUCAAAACUAUGCAAACUUUGAUACAAAAUAUUUAUUACAAAUUUUUUUUUGCAAUUUCGUGCAAUUUUUGCUUCAUUGAUAUGUUUUAUUGGUUAUUAUAUUUCUGUUUUUUAUAAACAAAAAAAAAGUGGUAAUGAAAAACAAAUCCAAUUUAAGUUGGAGAAAUAUCAGAAUGAUGCUUGUUAACAAUAGUAUUCCUUAACCAGCUUUGAGUCGCAUGUUGUCCAUUAAACGUUUCAUUGCCCAAACAUCGUUGGUCAUUAGAAUAAACUUUUGAUAAGUGAAAACAGUUCACUAUCUUUUGUUUCUCAUUGACCUAUAGUUGUCCAGGGAAUAAUUGCCGCACACAAGUCAUCAUUGAACACGCAUGUGCCCAAAUCAAGCAAUCCGGAAAAUAGUUAACAAUGCAGAUGUAAAAUUUGCUCAACUGUUGGAAAAAUAUGACCGACAAU